AUGCCUCCUUGCGACUUUAAGCCUGAAAAGUAUAAGGGUAUGUCAGCAAGCAAAAUUAUGCAAAUACGUAAGGAAAAAUUAACACCCAGUCUGGUUACUUACUACAAGGACCCCUUGGUAGUUCAUCAGGGUCAUAUGCAAUGGCUUUUUGAUAUCAAUGGACGACGAUUUCUUGAUCUUUUUGGUGGAAUUGUUACGGUUAGCGUAGGACACUGUCAUCCAGUAGUAACAGCUGCUGCUGAAAAACAGAUGAAAAAAUUAUGGCAUACUACCAGUAUUUACGUAUACCCGUCAAUACAUGAAUAUGCUGAAAAGUUAAUGUCUAAAUUUUCUGGUAAUUUAAAGGUUUGCUUCUUUGCUAACAGUGGAUCAGAAGCUAACGAUCUGGCGAUGUUAUUAGCACGUGUGCAUACUGGAAAUUUCGAUUUAAUCUCUUUAAGAAAUGCUUACCAUGGUGUGAGCCCCUACACGAUGGGCAUAACUGCCCAUUCAACUUGGCUUCAGCCCGUGCCUACAAGAUUAGGUUGCGUUCAGACCAUGAAUCCUGAUGUUUAUCGUGGACCUUGGGGAGGCUCACGAUGCAGAGAUUCUGUCGUUCAGACUACCAGGGAUUGUGACUGCAGUGAAGGGGAGUGUAAAGCUUGCAAUAAUUACGUUGAUCAGUUGGAAGAUGUACUUAAUCAUUCGGUUCCUCAGAAAAUUGCUGGAUUCAUAGCAGAGCCAAUUCAAGGUGUUGGCGGGUCAGUUCAGUAUCCGAAGAAUUACUUAAAAAAAGCUUAUGAAUUGGUGCGAGAACGAGGUGGCGUAUGUAUAGCUGACGAGGUUCAGACAGGGUUUGCUCGCCCAGGUUCACAUUUUUGGGGAUUUGAAGCUAGCGGAGUCACACCAGACAUUGUUACAAUGGCCAAAGGAAUUGGUAAUGGAUAUCCACUUAGUGCAGUAGUAACUACACCAGAAAUUGCUGCAUCAUUGACCAAGGCUAUACAUUUCAACACAUUUGGGGGAAAUCCUGUUGCCUGUGCUAUUGGUUCUGCUGUUCUUGAUGUCAUCGAUCAAGAAAACAUGAUGCAAAGAGCUGAUGAAUUGGGCACCUUUUUAUUGAAAGAACUAGCCAAGCUUCGGGAUGAAUUCGAAAUUGUGGGUGAUGUCAGAGGCAAAGGGCUAAUGAUUGGUGUCGAAUUUGUCAAAUCAAAGUCUUCAAAAACUCCAUUGCCUUUGCCGGAUGUUAAUAAAAUUUGGGAGGAUUGUAAAAAUAUGGGGGUUCUUAUCGGUAAAGGAGGAUUCUACGGCAAUGUAUUCCGAAUCAAGCCGCCAAUGUGUAUUACCAAAGCCGAUGUGGUAUUUACUAUCAACGUUUUACGAAGAGCUCUAGAAAAUUAUGGAUAG